ACACACACACAGUUCAAUGAGUAAUGGUGUGUGUGUGUUCAGGUCUGGAUGUGGACGGGAUCUACAGAGUGAGCGGAAACCUGGCUGUGAUCCAGAGGCUACGACAUAAAGCUGAUCAUGAGGAUCAGCUGGACCUGGAGGACGGUCAAUGGGAGGAGAUCCACGUCAUCACCGGAGCUCUAAAGCUCUUCCUGAGGGAACUUCCUGAACCACUGUUUCCCUUCAGCUGCUUCGACAAGUUCAUCGCUGCCAUCCAGGUCCAGGACUACAGUCUGAGGGUCUCCUACAUGAAGGACCUGGUCCGCUCUCUGCCUCUUCCCAACCACGACACCAUGGAGCUGCUGUUCAAACACCUGCGCAGGGUGGUGGACCAUAAGGAGUCCAACAGGAUGUCGGUGCAGAGCGUCUCCAUUGUGUUCGGCCCCACGUUGCUGCGCCCGCAGACCGAGUCCUCCAACAUGACGGUGCACAUGGUGUUCCAGAGCCAGAUCGUGGAGCUCAUGCUCAACGAGUUCCAGACCGUCUUCUCCCAGAGCUAACACCUGCGGGACAUCCUGGACCUGAACCCAGAAUCAGAACCAGGUCCACUGUGCCUUAAACUACCGCAGCGGAACCAGCUGGGACCGGGGUUUAAACCUUUCACAGAACAGAGUCCUCAUCCUUCUGGAACCAUUUCACUACACUUUUAUUACAAUACCUGAGUCAGAAGUUGGGCUCAGAUCCUCUACGAUACCUCCUCAGGUUCCUUUAACCCCAGGUUCUGUUCACCAGCUUCAGAGGACCGUCACUGAGGGUCCAGACGGGUCUUACUGAUGCAGCUCAUUUUUAAACUUUUCUGCUCUUCAGGGUCCAGAUUCUUCUAAAGCCUGUUUUUAAUUAUGUGCACAUUACCUGCGUGAGGUGUUGAGUACAUAAGGUUCUCAUCUCCUGCCUUAAGUGACACUGUUCUGUCAGAGGAACCACGCAGAACCCUGGACCGGUUCUAUAAGACCUUCAGGGGACAGACCAAAACCAGCACAGUACCGUCCACAGUAAUAAAACCACAUAUCACCUAGAGAAGGAGAUCCUCCUCACAGGGGGGACCCACCCAGAACCGCAGACUCGAAUAAUAACAUCAGGACCUCCAGGACAUUCAGGACAUCUUUACCAGAACUCAUCUCCAAGGAAAAAGCUCUUCAGAGUCAAAGAAGUUGGUUCUGAGCCCUGGUCCUGAGCCCUGGUUCAUGGUCCUGAUCCCUGGUUCUGAGCCCUGGUCCCUGGUUUUGAGCCCUGUUUCUGAGCCCUGGUCCCUGGUUCUGAUCCCUGGUCCUGAGCCCUUGUCCCUGGUUCUGAGCCCUGGUCCUGAGCCCUGGUCCCUGUUUCUGAGCCCUUUACCCUGGUUCUGAUCCCUGGUCCUGGUCCCUGGUCCUGAGCCCUGGUCCCUGGUUCUGAGCCCUGGUCCUGAGCCCUGGUCCUGGUCCCUGGUUCUGAGCCCUGGUUCUCAUCCCUGGUCCUGGUCCCUGGUCCUGGUCCUGAGCCCUUGUCCCUGGUCUUGGUCCCUGGUUCUGAGCCCUGGUCCUGAGCCCUGGUCCUGGUCCCAGGUUCUGAUCCCCGGUCCCUGGUUCUGAUCCCUGGUCCUGGUCCCUGGUCCUGGUUCUGUACCCUGGUCCUGGUACUGGAUGGUUUCAGAGGAUAUCUUAAUGAAACUCAUCAGCUGUCCUCGAGGUGUUGGAGAAGAGCUCAGACCCUUCAGAACAAACCUAGAACCGGACCUGUAGUGGGGUACCUCUCUUCUGUCCUCUUUUAUAUUCUUUAAUGAGUAGCGUCUGAAGUGAUGCAUUCACUGACCCUGGGAAACACAGGUUAGCUCAGAAAAGUAUUUUGUAUUACUUGUAAAAAUGAACAACAGCUUGGUAUUAAACAGGGAACUGAGAGGUGGGUUCAAAGACCGAAGCGCUGUCGGGGUUUUCCAGCUUCAGGUUCACGAGUCUUUCUAGUAUUGCCUUGGUGUGUUUUACGGAUAGAACAAGU